AUGAAGAUCAAAUAUUGGUUUUCCAUUUUUGUGCUUGCCCUAGUGUCUAUCCAUGCAACUACUGCACGUAAUGUGCCGAGUACUACUGCUACGACUGAUGAUGUUAACCCUAGUGAGGAAACAACCACCCUUUUGCAUGCAACUUCACCCAAGGGGGCCGAGUCGCCAGCGGCGGUUGACGACAAGAAGAACUUCAUCUACGGCGGGGUCGGUGGUUUUGCCGGGAUGGGGGGCUAUGCCGGCGUGGCCGGGGUGCUGCCGACGCUCGGGGGCAUCGGUACGAUUGGCAAAUUCAGUGGGAUAGGCGGUGUUGGGGGAAUAGGAGGUGGUGUUGGUGGCCUAGGUGGAGCUGGGGGACUUGGCGGCGUAGGAGGAGUCGGUGGAGUUGGCGGUGGCGUCGGUGGUGUUGGUGGUGCAGCGGGGGCUGGCGUCGGCGGUGCUGCGGGUGCUGGUGGUGGCAUCUUGCAUCCUUGA